ACCCAAUAUCCAUACACACUUGUGUUAAUAAGGGGGAGAGUUUAAUUCAAGUACCUCACAAACAUGCAUUCAGAAUCAGUGAAGUCAAGUCAUUCUCCCUCUGCUGAAGAUGAGAAGCAUAAGAACCUAGACAGAGAAAUCAGGGAGAUGGUAUCUGCCAUUACUCAUCGUGUCACUGAUUUUCAUAAACCAGGCUCCACCCACCAUUUGGACAAUGAUGAUGAACAUGGCACUAGAAUCAUCACCCUUGCAGGAACCAACGAAGGAGCAACUCUGCGGAGCGAAUUGGAUGAUAAAUCAGGUAAAUAUUCUUCUCAUGAUGAGGCUGAAGCAUUGAGUACUUAUGUUAACAGCAACUUUCAGGCCAUCAACAAUUCAAUCAUGCUUGGUGGUAGUUACCAUGCCAAUGAUCCUGGCGUGCACAUGGAUAUUUCAGAUUUCACAGAGCCUCAAAAUCACCACAAGGCUGAGAAGCAUGGCAAGAAGGAAAAGAAGGAUAAGAAGAAAGGGAAAGAAAGUUCAAAAAGUGAACAUCAUUCAGAUUAAUAAAGCUCUAUAGAGGAUCAAAACUAUAGAUGAUGGGGUGCCAAAGAAUAAAUGCAAUCUACACCGUUUUGGGGCUAGAACUUCUCUAACGUUAAACCACUUGUUAAUGUAUAAUUGAAAUGACCAUGUUUUCCUAAUGAUUAUUUGUUUUAUUUUUGUGUUUGUUCUUCAUUUGUUUGUGGGUUAUUAAUCAUCAAUAGAGGACACAAAAGUUACAAUUUCCA